AUGUCUUUAGGUUGGUUGAUGAAGAAGCAAUUUUGAACUAGUAUGAAAAGUCUGCCCCAUUCGCCAAAUUUUCUUUUCGCUUCUGAAGAAAUGAAUCUUUAUUUAAAAAAACAUUUUUUCUGUUUGUGUGAUUGAAAACCAGCUGACUCUUUUUCAGAUUUGAACAACCUGGCGGUUCUUCUCGUCUCAAGCCACGGCGUUUUCGCCAGUCUUGCCAUUCUUAUUAUAAAUCGACCUUAUCGAGAAUUUCUUCUUCAUUGUUUUGUUCAUAAAACCCAACAAAAAGUUAAAAUACAAGUUUCUAUAGGUGUUGUUUCAAUGUUAUAAAUCUUUCCGUCCGAACAAUAUUUUCUGUUAGAAUUGCAAAGGAAUAUCAACAAACUUAAGUAAAGUUUUCAACGUAGGAUUUUUCUUCCAGCUGCUUUUUUUCGAAUCAGAAAUGUUGGGAAAAGUUUAAUCAAGCCAGUCUUUCUUUCUCAUGAAAAAAAAAGAAACUUCCAUUUGAUUUUGAUUUUCAAAUUUUUACGAAUUCUGAAAGUUUCAUUGAAACUUUUCUCAGUCUUUUGUUCCAGUUGAAACUUUGAAACUUUCUAUUUUGAGAAAUCCCUGAAAUAAUUGACUCAGAAUGAAGACCAUUGUCUAGACCAUACUUUUUCUUUCGAUCAAUCUUUGCUCUUUUUUUGAGAAGUGAAAGGGUAAAACAAAAAAAUUUGAAAUGAAUAAUCAUAGACUUUUUGAGUUGUACUUCUAACCGCUGAUUAACUUUUUCCUGUGCUUCACGAUUCUUUCUUUUAUCAACUUUUGCCUGGUUUUCGAGCAGUUCAAAGCUCGAUGGAGUGCUCGCCGUAUCACAAAGAUGAAUAUUUCAUCGCUUUGAAACUUAUAUCGGUAACUGAAACCUUUUUAUUCCUCUUCACUUCAUAUUGCAUUAUUUUCCGAUCGCCAAAAUCGAUGCAAACAUUCAAAUGGUUGUUGAUCAAUCAACAAUGUUGGUGAGUCUUUUUUUUUCCAUUUCAUUCAUUCCCUAAAUAUUUUUGCAGGAUUUUCGCUCUGCAAGUUUUUCUGUGUGAUCUUUUGACACCGGUCGUAUUCUUUCCAGUUCUUGGAUUUGGCGCCUACGGAGUACUGAACGAUGUUUUCACCCCAAUCGCACAACUUAAAAUCGCCAUGUUCUUACUCGCCGCUGUUAUCGUUUUCACAACAGCUCUUUUCGAAUAUCGUCAUCAUGCAACCCUUCCACCCCAUUCGCGGCUCAAUUUCUCCACUCGCACUCGAGUUUUGUUAUUCAUUUUGCGUUUUAUCAUUGGCAGCAACUCAGUCACUGCGAUUCAUGUGUUUUCAAAUGAGCAGGAACGGGGCAGACAGUUUUGGAUCGAGGUUUUUUCAACUAUUUUUGGAAUUUUAUUGAAUAAUACUCACCGACCGAAUCUAUGAGGGUUAUGGGGGCUUCAGAGUAGAUCAUGACAGAUUUUCAAAAACAGCAUAAAGCCGAACUGUUCGAACUUCCCUUGCCAUAUACCACUCCAUUAAAAAUAUUAUAUUCUCAGAACGCUCCAUGUAAAAUUGAAGAGAGUGCAACGGACCCGCGUACCACGUUUUUCUUCACUUAUAAAGAAGUCCUCACUGUUUUGUUCUUCAUUUUUCUCUGCGCUCUAUUACCUGGGAUGGAAAUGAUUUUCUAUAGCGUCGACUCAUAUUUGUACGUUUAAUGUAUUCUUUGCGAAAUUUUCACAUUUUUAAAACAAAAACAGAGAAAAGCCACCAAGCGUUUGAUGCAUAUUUAAUUUAGGGCAAGUUAGUUGACUGUUUAUCAAAUAUGUAGCAUUUCUCAAAAUUCAGAUGAAAGUUUUGGUUUUUUAAAUGUAUUUUUCGACUUAUGCUUUAUUUUAUUCAGACGGAUCAAAUCGCCGAGUUCAACAAUUUCCAGUCAAACAAGGCAAUAUCAACUCAACUUUCUACGCGCUCUUCUUAUUCAAGUUCAAUUAUGUGUCACAAUUCGCGAAAAUAAAUUUUUUUUUUCCAGGAAUGUGCUCCAGUUCUCAUCGCCUAUCCAGAACCAGUUUUUUAUUUUUUUCUUAGCUCCUUCACCUGGGUGAUGUCAAUAAGUAUGGCUUUUUCGAUUAUUGAAAGUUCCUUUUUUCGCUGUGAAAACCCAAAAAGAGGGUUAUAAACCACCUGAGCGAAUUUUCAGGUCUAAACAAUUUUUCGAUGGUUCUUCUCCUUAGUCACGGUCUUCUAACGAGUCUCGCGAUUCUUUCUGUGAAUCGACCUUAUCGAGACUUUAUCCUUCGAUUCGCCAAUUUCAAGAAGAUGAGAAAUAACACGAAAAUUUCGAUGAGCGUCAUUUCUUGAUGAAGCAUUUGAACCUUUGUGUUUUAUCGCGUCAAAAGAUGUGCAGACGAACACAACAUGUUAACACCGUUCGUUGAAUUUCAAGGCGCCAUGGGUCUUCUCGCAGCUGUUAUUGUUUCUACGACGGCUCUUUUCGAGUAUCGUCAUCACGCGACUCUUUCGUCCAAUUCACGGCUCAAUUUCUCAACUCGUACGAGAGUUCUGAUCUUCGUCAUUCGGUUUUUUGCUGGUUGCAGUGCGGCGAUCGCUCUUCAACUAGUAUCGGAUGAGCUGGAGCGAGAGAAAAAAUAUUGGAUCCAGGUUAGUGAAUGA